ACCCGGGAGUUAGAGGGGUGCGCUUGCGGCCGCGCUGCCCCGCCCCUGGUCCCCGCGCGCUGCAAGGGGCCCGGCUGGCGCUGCGGGGCCCCGGGAGGUGCGGAGCUGGGAGGCGAGGCUCGUCCAGCGCCGGAGUCAGCCUCCGCUUCUAAAGGUUGAAGGCCAAGCAUGGGGAAGAGCUGCAAGGUGGUCGUGUGUGGCCAGGCAUCUGUGGGCAAAACUUCAAUCCUGGAGCAGCUUCUGUAUGGGAACCAUGUAGUGGGUUCUGAGAUGAUUGAGACACAGGAGGACAUCUAUGUGGGCUCCAUUGAGACGGACCGGGGGGUGCGGGAGCAGGUGCGUUUCUACGACACCCGGGGGCUCCGAGAUGGGGCUGAACUGCCCCGGCACUGCUUCUCCUGCACUGAUGGCUACGUCCUGGUCUACAGCACAGACAGCCGAGAGUCCUUUCAGCGUGUAGAGCUGCUCAAGAAGGAGAUUGACAAAUCGAAGGACAAGAAGGAGGUCACCAUUGUGGUCCUUGGCAACAAGUGUGAUCUCCAGGAGCAGCGGCGUGUAGAUCCAGAUGUGGCUCAGCAUUGGGCCAAGUCGGAGAAGGUGAAGCUGUGGGAGGUGUCGGUGGCUGACCGCCGCUCCCUCCUGGAGCCCUUUGUUUACCUGGCCAGCAAGAUGACCCAGCCCCAGAGCAAGUCGGCCUUCCCCCUCAGCCGGAAGAACAAGGGCAGCGGCUCCUUGGAUGGCUGAAGAGCUGCCAUUCCUUCUUUACUCUCCCAGCCCCAUUCUAGCUUCUGGGGCUCUGGAAAAUGGGCUGAGGGCAAAGGGGGGGGGCAGGCAAGCUGUCCCUCCCAGUCAGCAGGGGAGCUCCCCACUAGGCAGGCCCAGGCCACUUUUGCUCUCUCUCAACUCCAGGAAGUGCAAAGAAUCUUAGUGCAAAGAAUCCCCUCAAACUUCCAGCCUCUUCGCCACCCCCAUCUGCAGCUUUCAUCCUGUCUGCCCCGCUAUUACCUGGGGCAGUUGUGGGUCAGUGUCCCUUCCAUCUGCUCUGGAUAGGAAGCAGAGCUACUGUGUGGAGGUGGCCAUUCUAGGGUCUGGUUCCUAUUAUAGGGGUCCCACCUUCUGGGCUUCCUGCCAGUAAAACACACACACACACACACACACCCACCUUCUGGGCUUCCUGCCAGUAAAACACACACACACACACACACACCCCACCCCACAUCCCCCCCCUUGAAUUCUAGAGAAAGAGUGUCCAGGCACACCCACACACCUGGAUUCUAGAGAAAGAGUGUCCAGGCGUUGUGUGUGUAUGCUGGCAUUAGGGGUGUUUCCUCGUCCCUCACCCUGACCUUUCUCCUGUCCUUUCCCUGGCUGGAAGAAGCUAGCCUCCUGGGAGUGUAAUUUUCUGUUCUAAACACCCCUUCCACCCCCAAUUGUUUCACUUCCUCUUCCUGCUCAGGGAGCAGAUGGGCCUCAUUGGUCAAGGUGGAGUGAUGAUGACCAGCUGACUUUGUGACCUAGCAAGACCUUCCCCUCUCGGCGCCUGCCCCUCUUGGUGCCAGAUCUUGCUUAGCCAGAUCUCUCAGAUCCUCUCCAGCACUAUGGUUUUAUAAAGCUGUGGCCUCUCCCUCUUUAAGGUGCUAAGCCCACCAGCCCUAGAGGCUGGGACAACGCUCCCUCCAACCACCAGGGGGCGUGAGUGCUCUUUCCACUCGGUUGCCAGAGUGGCUGCUCAGUGCCCAACCUGCAGACCUCUCGCUGUGGGGCUGGUCUUCAUCCCUUCCUGUGGUGGUUUUCAGCUCAUGGCUGGACUUUUAUUUAAAAGUGACCUGUAUUUACCUGCCUGCUGCUGUGGUGAAGGCUGGCCAAGGUGCUCCUCCAAAGCCCUUCUUACCUCAGAUGCCUGAACAGAACAAGGCAAACCAGUAGCAGCUGCUCAGGAGCUGGCAGGUCUUCUGUCGGGGCUCAGAGGGUGGCUACACGCUCAGACCGGCUGUACAGCCAGCUCAUAACACAACUCCUGUGCCCACCUCGUGCUUCUAGUGCACACACCUAGCCUGGGCAAGACCCUGCAGCCAGGCAGCCUACAGUACUCGCCCCUUCUCCCCAGGACAGGAGAGGUGAGCAGAGCGGGUGCCCAGGGCUGGGCAAGUAGGAUUAGGACAUGUACAAGCUUGGGCUUCAAGUUAAUUUAUUGAUGCUUUGGACACAAUAAAACCACAACUGCUGUUAUCAAAAA